CAGCCUGCCGGAAUUCCAUUAGAAGAAGACGAAGAAGAAGAAGGAGACGAAUAAGGAGUAGAAGAAAAAAGAAUGGGCCUCUUCGAAAAGGUGUGAAACGCAAUUUGUCAAUUUUCAGGGAGGUGAAGCUCUGACGAUGGAGAAUGGACAGGGCACAGGCGCCAAACUUGGCCUUCCGCCUCUUACCCCAGAGCAGCAGGAGGCACUUCAGAGGGCAAAGAAGUAUGCCAUGGAACAAAUCCUUGCGAAUGUGUUGGUGAAGCAGACCAUCGCCCAUCAGCAACAACAGCUCUCCAACCUGCAGAUGGCAGCAGUGACAAUGGGCUUUGGAGAUCCUCUCUCACCUUUACAAUCGGUAGCAGCUCAGCGGCAACGUGCUCUAGCAAUCAUGGGUCGGGUGUAUGUUGGCUCCAUAUACUAUGAGCUGGGUGAGGAUACCAUCAGACAGGCCUUUGCCCCCUUCGGCCCAAUCAAGAGUAUUGACAUGUCUUGGGAUUCUGUAACAAUGAAACACAAGGGGUUUGCAUUUGUGGAGUAUGAUUUGCCAGAAGCUGCUCAGCUGGCUCUGGAGCAGAUGAACUCAGUCAUGCUGGGAGGGCGAAACAUUAAGGUUGGGCGGCCAAGUAACAUCGGUCAGGCGCAACCCAUCAUUGAACAGUUGGCAGAGGAAGCGCGCGCCUUCAACCGAAUCUACGUGGCAUCUGUCCACCCUGACCUGUCAGACGCUGACAUCAAGAGUGUGUUUGAGGCCUUCGGAAGGAUCAAGUCUUGCACGUUAGCCCGAGACCCCACCACAGGGCGACACAGAAGCUUUGGCUUCAUUGAAUAUGAAAAGCCUCAGUCAGCCCUGGAUGCUGUGUCUUCUAUGAACCUCUUUGACCUGGGGGGUCAGUACCUACGGGUGGGCAAAGCAGUGACUCCGCCCAUGCCCCUAAUGACCCCCGCGACCCCUGGUGGUCUGCCAACUGCUGCAGCCGUGGCUGCGGCGGCAGCCACCGCUAAGAUUACGGCCCAGGCAAGUAUAAACCCCUUUCAAAGGGAUUUAAUGGCCUUCCAGGAGGCUGUAGCCGGCGCAUCAGUCCUGGGGGCGUUAACACACUCACUUCUUGGUCCACAAAUGGGAAUUCCCCAGGCUGUCAUGGCUGCCCAGGCACCAGGGGUCAUCACAGGUGUGUACCAAAACAUGAGUGUGACUCCAGUGCGUCCUCCAAUGCCAGUGCUUCCGCAGGUUGGUCUUGUCAACCCUGUGCUCGCAUCACCGCCAGUCCUGUCUAAUCAAGUCGGUGGUUCCAACCAGCAGGAGAGGAAAGAGGAGAAAGAGGAGCUGCUACAGGAUGGCACAGGGCAGGAGAUGUUGAGUGACCAAGAGCACAUGAGCAUCUCGGGCAGCAGUGCCAGACACAUGGUGAUGCAGAAACUGCUUCGAAAAUCAGAGUCCACGGUGAUGGUGCUACGAAAUAUGGUGGGACCAGAGGACAUUGAUGACGACCUGGAGGGUGAGGUGACGGAAGAAUGCGGGAAAUUUGGCGCCGUCAACAGAGUCAUCAUAUACCAGGAAAAGCAAGGCGAAGAGGAAGAUGCAGAUAUCAUUGUAAAAAUCUUUGUGGAGUUUUCCAUGGCCUCAGAGAUGGACAAAGCUAUCCAGGCGCUCAAUGACCGCUGGUUCGGAGGUCGCAAAGUUGUCGCAGAGGUGUAUGACCAAGACCGUUUCAACAGCAGUGACCUCUCGGCAUAAAAGUGUCUGAAAUGGUUCCCCUGCACCCAUCCCAAAACCUGUGGCCCAAAAUCAUUCUAGCAACAGUCACUGCAGCGAGAGAUGCGGGCCUCGGAAACUUGUAAUUAUGUUCUUACCCCCCCCCCCCCCCCCUUUUUUUUUUUUUUAUUGCUGUUGAUAUUAUUGUAAAACGCCCCAUUGGAGGAUUCAACAAAUAUAUUUACAUGUCAUUUUGCGUUGUGAUCUGUGAAGACCGUCUUUUUUUGGUGCAAAUUCAGAUUUUAUAAUCCAACCGUAUAAAACCAUUUACUUUUUUUCUGCUUUUGUUUUUGACUUUCGUUAAAUUGCCGGGACAUGUGAACAUUUGUUUCUUUAUACUAUUAAAGAUUAUUGUUUGUCCUUAAAAUGUGUGCUAUUUUUCUAACACCAAUUGUUGUUUUUGAAGCUUUCUAUACACUGUAAAAACCUUGUGUUUGGGCUGCAAAGCGAAGCACAGGAUAGCUUAAGUAAAAACACUCCUAAAGCAUC